ACAGGCAUGGCUGAGCAGCUGCAGGUGAUGUUUUUCUUGGUAAAUGUGUAUAUGAUCAUAGUGUUAACUGUUGUUUCUAGUGUUAAAGCUAAAGGCUACAUCUCGGCUGUGGGUGACCCUGGAAUGAGAAGAGAUGGUUUGAGAGUCGGAUUUGAAGCUUGGAACUUCUGCAAUGAAGUUGGCCAACAAGCCCCCGGCAUGGGCAGCCCAAGAGCUGCCGAUUGUUUUGAUCUAUUGACUAAGCCUGGUAAAUGUCGGAAACACAGGACCUCAACGCAUUCAGGUUCUUCUCUUGAGCACAAGGUGUCGGAAGCCGAUAACAAACUUGGGGUGGGCACUUCAUUUCCCGGGCUGAAACCAAUAGCUGUGAAUAGCACAGAACUUUAUGCGGCGGAGAAGGAAAAAUACUUGGGUUCUUUAUGUGAAGUAGAAGACACCCCAAGCCCAUGGCAGUUUUGGAUGGUAAUGCUUAAAAAUGGAAACUAUGACACAACGUCUGGUUUGUGUCCUCAAAAUGGGAAAAAGGUGCCAGCUUUUAAUCCAGGAAGGUUUCCCUGCUUUGGAAGCGGAUGUAUGAAUCAACCCAUCUUAAGCCAUCAGCCAACUCAACUAUUCAAUAAUGGUACAAUGAGAGGAAGUUUCAGAGGUACUUACGAUUUGGGAGCUAAUUUUAGCGGUGGACUUGAUGGCAUUUCUUUCUAUGAGGUAAUCUGGGAGAAGAAAGUGGGUGCUGGUAGCUGGGCCUUUAAACAUAAGCUCAAGACUUCGAAAAAGUAUCCAUGGUUGAUGCUCUACCUCAGAGCUGAUGCUACCAAAGGAUUCUCUGGAGGUUACCAUUACGAUACCAGAGGAAUGCUCAAGACUCUUCCAGAGUCACCAAAUUUCAAGGUCAGAUUGACUUUAGAUAUCAAGCAAGGGGGAGGACCCCAGAGCCAAUUCUACCUCUUAGAUAUCGGCAGCUGCUGGAAGAAUGAUGGUCGUGCCUGUGAUGGAGAUGUGCUAACAGAUGUAACCAGAUACAGCGAGAUGAUCAUUAACCCCACAACUCCAGCUUGGUGCAGUCCUUCAUCUAUGAAGAAUUGCCCACCUUAUCACAUUACUCUUGACAAUACAAAGAUUUACCGGAAUGAUACCCGCAACUUCCCAUAUGGAGCUUACCAUUACUACUGUGCUCCUGGGAAUGCCCAGCAUUUUGAGGAACAAGUAGACACUUGUGACCCUUAUAGCAACCCUCAGGCACAGGAGAUUCUCCAGUUGUUGCCUCACCCCACAUGGGCUGCAUAUGGCUACCCAACCAAACAAGGAGAUGGUUGGAUAGGGGACUCAAGAACUUGGGAGCUUGACGUUGGUGGCCUAUCCAGUAGAUUAUACUUCUAUCAGGAUCCUGGUACUCAGCCUGCUAGAAGAAUAUGGACAUCAAUUGACGCCGGUACGGAAAUUUUUGUUAGUAGCAUAGAUGAAGUGGCAGAGUGGACACUCAGUGACUUCGAUGUUCUUCUCACAUAGUUCAGGAUUCAAGUUAUAUGUGAUUCUGCAGAUGCAAAUGUAGAUUGGCGUUGAAAUUGAAAAUCAAAAUUUCAUAUUUCCUUUGAUGUAAACGGCAUGAGUGAGUAAAACAGUUAAGAGAAACAAAUUUGUUCAAAGAGAAAAUCGCCUAAACUGAUUCCUAAAGAAGAGCCAAGCCCAAGGGUAAUCUCCAUAUAUGGAAAAGCCGUCUAAUUAUGUUUAUUA